AUGAUUUUGUGUUGGCUGGGAGUGUAUGUGUUCUUUGUCUCGUUUGGUAGAGUCGCAGCAGCGGAGGUAGCGCUGUACAACAGUCUGAUGAUGCGGAAAAACGUAGCCGUCGCAUGCUCAACAAGCGACUUUUCGAAAGUAGUGAUGACCAUCGACGACGAGUGCCCAGAGUUCUUGAAGAGACAGCUGAGAGAGUGCUCCAGCGGCUGUGACUUGGCGAUAAGAAAGAAAAACAAGAAAGAAAACGACGAGUAUGAGCUAAAAAACACUUUCAGAGAAGAGAUAGGAGAAACAAUAAAAAUGACAGCAAAUGGUACGCACAAAACUAAAGUGGAGGUUGAUCUGAGAACAGUCCUGGAAAGAUACACAAAAUACAACGGAUCAAUUGUAUGGGAUGCCAUCCACAAACUGGGAAGAAACGAUCCUUUGCUGAACGUUCUUUUGAGCGGUGUCCACUGCUCUGUCUCUGUGCAUCUGUGCUCCUUCUACAACGAAGAUCCAGAAAACAGAAAGCUGUACAUGAACUAUGCGCUGAUGCAGCAGAAGGUAACGCCAGCGUAUUUCAACAAUUUGAGGUAUACGCUUGACUUCCUUAUCUCUUUAUUGCCGGUGGCCAUCUCUGAUCUGUCAAGCAUAGCACAGACGAAAGACGGAAUACAGGCCAUAGACUCUCUGAAGAACUCCUUGCUUAAAAAUAGGACGUAUGAUUACAGUGAAUACAAAAGCGAUGAAAAUACCGUUAGAAGAUGUGAAGAAGUAUUCAAGUACAUGGGGUGCGUUGACUGCAUGCGGUGCAAAGUGUGGGGAAAGGUGCAGUUUGAAGGGCUGAAGUGCGCGAUUAAGCUCCUUAGAAAGGCCCAGGGCAAUCCAAUUGCUCUCGACCGAUUUGAGCUUGUUACGUUCUUGAAUCUCCUGAACAGAGUUUCCACUUCAGUGGCGCAGUACAACAAAUACCGAAUGGAUGUAGAUAAAUUUAACAGGUCGAUGAAAGAGACCCAGGAAAGAAAGAGCAAUGUGCUUGAUGCAACAUACGCUGCCAUAGCGAGUCCGCUGGCCAUGAAUAAAAAUGUUCAAAGAAGAAGAGCAUAA